GUAUCUGUUCCAAAAAUGAUCAUCUCUCCCAUUUAUCAAGCAUGGAAACAUUGCAAUCAGACUAUUUCUGAGAAUAUCUGUGAAUUAAGAAGCUGCGGCAGCCAAGAACUUGACAUCUCUGUGAGGUGCUUUUGUCUCAGUGUUGUGAAUCUUCUCUGCAUUAUUUCUGAAGUAGAAGAAACAAUCAAGAGAAUCACGGGUCACAAGGGAGUCAUAGGAGUUAUUGUUGUCAACUCAGAAGGUAUUCCCAUCAGAACAACACUAGAUAAUUCUACGACUGUUCAGUACGCAGGGUUGAUCCACCACUUGACUUCUAAAGCAAGGAGUACAGUCCGUGACAUUGACCCACAAAACGACCUCACAUUCCUCAGAAUUAGGUCAAAGAAACACGAAAUUAUGAUUGCUCCAGAAAGCGAUUAUAUGUUAAUAACUAUCCAGAACCCAGCUGCAGUUUGAGUGACAUGUGCAGCAUAUUGUCGUCAUUAUUAUGAUAAGGAGUACCUUUUGAUAGUUAUUCAAUCACCCAAUGAUAAUUAAGUAAACAUGACACAGUUAGGCAACAUCACACAAAGAACUAGUUAGGCAACAUCGCACAGAGAACUUGGACAGAUUGGCACUUUAUUCUUCAACAGAUCAACUAUGGAUAUUCUUAUAGUUCAAGAAAUUUUUUUAGAAUAUGAGCUUAAUUAUAGAACUGUUACAAGAUAUUUAGUGUAAAAUAUUAAAUUCUAAAGACACAAACAUUUAUCAUAUUUCAAAUCAGUUUUAUCAUAAGUAACUUCCUAUUUUUUUCUUCUUUAUAUGUAUAAUAUGAAUUUAUGUAAACUGUGUAGGGUUUUUAUUUGCUGAUACAUUCAGAUCUAAUUUUUAUUCAAUUUUUUCAUGUAUGAAAGUUAUGUAUGACUGUGAUAUGUGUUAUGACUGAAUGAAAAUCUCAUUAAAUUAUUCAAUCUAACAUCUA